CUGAACACCUAUAGGACAUGGAUGUGUUGAUAUGUGGGUGAAACUCUGAGCUGCACCUGCUCAUUCUGCGGAAAUGAGAGAGAGACUCUCACACUCUCUCUCUCUCUCUCUGUGUGUGUGUGUGUGUGUUAGGAAUUUUUCCCAUCUUCCGGCAUUGUUCAGGCUGAGUGUGAGUGCGUAAGGAAGCGGCAGUACAUAAAAACUUCAGCAAACGUCGGACACUUGCACAGGUUUAGAUGGUGCAAGCUAUGGAGACCAUCAACAUGUCCUUCUUGACAGACUCUGAGAGGGAACUGAUCUUAGGGGUGCUGAAUCGGGAUGAAGAGCUGAGACGGUUAGAGGAACAGCGGGUGAAGAGACUGAAAGCAGAGUUGUUGGACAUCAGGAGAAAGGGAGCAAAGCGCAGCAAUGGCAAUUACAGUGAGCACAGCUGUGGACGCUGUCAGGAGCCCCUAGGCCGUCUAGCUGCCAACACUAACCAGUGCCCAGUGUGCAAACACAAAGUGUGCCGAAACUGUCGUACUGUCCGAGCCAAUGGGUUCUGGCUGUGCAGUGUGUGUGCCAAAGAGGCGGACAUAAAGAAGUCUACAGGUGACUGGUUCUAUGAUCAGAGGGUUAACCGUUUUUCCACAGCUCCUGGACAUGAUCUAGUACGAGCCUCAAUCAGGAAGCGACCUCCAACAAAGAAGCGUGAAACCACAGGGGAGGUUCUGUUGAACAGUCCAGAUUUGAACUCCAGCCAAACUUUACCAGUACCACGGCCCAGACUGAAGGAUCUUGCUCUAGGAAACAAAAGCCCAUCCAGUAAGCAUCUGCAGCAGAGCAACACAGACUUGGCCGAGAAUGCCAGCCUCUGCAGUAGCCGUGCUGACAGCGACUCAUUGUCCAGCACGCCGUCGACACAGAGGAACGAGGGAGUGAACAGGUUGAGUGGAACAGAUUCCACUGUGUUAAGUAUGUCCUCUCCCAUUAAAACCCACAGUCCUUCUGGAUCCUCUGCAAGCACCGAGACUUCAUCUUUAGUUCAUCAAAUUAAUACAUGCCCGGAGUCCUUGAAUGAUGAUGAUGGCCUUUUCAAGAAAAGUGUUAGAAGAGUGCACAAAAUAUCAGAUUUUAAGCCAGUCUCUGUAGUGGACGUACGCUAUGAUAUGACUGAGAACACCGCAGCCUCCAUGGGAGACAGAAGCAAGUCAGUUCCAGGUCUAAACAUAGAUGAAGAGGAGGAGGAAGAGGAUAUUGAUAACUUGGUCAGCAUUCACAGAAGGACUGUGGGUGAAGGCACCACCAAUCUGCGUGGCUCCAGUGGUACGCUGGGCAGCAUGAUGAGUGUAUACAGUGAGGCAGGGGAUUACGACAUUGUGGACGUCAGUGGGGACAUUGUCUUCUCCCUCCACUAUGAUGAGAGAAUGCAGAGUCUCUCAGUUCUGGUCAAAGAGUGCAGAGGUCUAGCUUAUGUUGCCAAAAAGAAGUGCAACCCCUAUGUCAAAAGUUACCUCCUCCCAGACAAAUCUCGUCAGAGCAAGAAGAAAACGGCUAUCAAACGUAACACAAUCAACCCCAGCUACAAUGAGAGAUUAAAGUAUUCAAUCAGUCGCUCCCAGCUGAUGUCUCGUACUCUCCAGCUCUCAGUGUGGCAUCAUGACCGUUUUGGGCGCAAUGCUUUCCUUGGGGAGGUGGAGAUACCAAUGGACUGCCAUGACAUUGACUCAGGCCAAGAGGAGUGUGUGACACUCCAAGGAAAGGUGGGCAACUCUUUGACACUGUCAGCUUUUUCCCAGUACAAAGGAGAACUUGUGAUUUCUCUAAAGUAUGUCACUGAGACGAAGGCAGCUGGAGAAAAGCCCCGAGGCAAAAAGGCCAAAGUAGAGGAUGGUGGAGAGCUGCACGUGUUAAUAAAGGAGGCUAAGAAUCUUUGUGCAAUGAAAGCAGGGGGCACGUCUGAUUCCUUUGUGAAAGGGUACCUGCUGCCAUCUACAGGCAAGUCGUCCAAGAAGAAGACGCAGGUGGUGAAGAAGACCGUGAACCCACACUAUGACCACACAUUCAUAUACAAAGAUGUGUGUCUGGAGUAUCUAAAAGGCAUGUGUCUGGAGCUCACAGUCUGGGAUCGAGAAGCCAUGUCCAGCAACGAUUUUCUGGGAGGAGUGCGUUUGAGUUCAGGGGCAGUUCGACUGAAGGAGGGGAAGCAGGAAUGGGUGGCUGACUCAACAGGAGAGGAAGUGUCUUUGUGGCAGAAGAUGAUGCAGUUCCCAGAUUCUUGGGCAGAGGGCAGUCUCCCCCUGCGCUCCUCCAUGGGAACGAGAGAGUAAAGACCCUGGCAAUAUGACAAGAUUAGUAUAAACACAUUGGAUUGGUAUUGCAAAUCCUUCAGUGAAAAGAGGCUAGUUUUCAAUAUUAUAAACACCACAGACCAGGUAACCACACAUUUUUCCUCUUCAGUACAGGCCAGUUUAACCAGAGAUGUAUGUAUAUACAUUUAAUUGCAAUAUUGUUAAAAGUUUAUAAAAAUGCUGGAGCAAAAAUUAUGCACAAAACGUAAUCUUUAUUGACAUUCUUCCUGAAAGAGUACAGUUGCAUAAUUCUAAAAAUGUGUAUACAAAGCUGUAAUUAUUUACUGCCGAAUGGCACAAAGCUCAGUUACUGUAGGUCCUGACUAUGAUAAACACUUUUUAAAAAGUUAUAUACAAUUCACUUAAUAAAUAUUAUAUAUAAUA